UCCGAGGUGAAGGCGGUCAACUUCAGGGGGCUUAGGGCCAGCUGCGGGAGCUUCCUCUUAAAGGGGCCGUGAUCCCGGGCCGCGGUCGGGCGGAAGGAAGGCGGCAAGAGGUGGGGGCUGGAAAGAGCUUCCAGGAACCCUGCACCAUGGGAUAGAGGAAUGAGGUUCAGAGAGGGUCAGGAUUCGCCCACAGCCACACAGCACGUCCUCAGCCUGACGCUCCAUCGUGUGCUCUGUCCAUCCCCACCAUGGCCUUCUGGACGCAGCUAAUGCUGCUGCUUUGGAAGAAUUUCCUGUAUCGCAGGAGACAGCCGAUCCAGCUCUUGGUGGAGUUGCUGUGGCCUCUCUUUCUCUUCUUCAUCCUGGUGGCCGUCCGCCACUCCCACCCCCCACUGGAGCACCAUGAAUGCCACUUCUCCAACAAGCCGCUGCCCUCGGCCGGCACCGUUCCUUGGCUCCAGGGUCUCAUCUGCAACCUGAACAACACCUGCUUCCCGCAGUCCACGCCCGGGGAGCAGCCCGGCGUCCUCAGCAACUUCAAGGACUCCCUGGUCUCCCGGCUCCUGGCAGAUGCCCGUGCUGUCCUGGGGGGCCCCAGUGCCCACAGAACGCUGGCCAGCCUGGGAAAGCUGAUGCCAGUGCUGAGAGCCGCAGGUGGACCAGCCCGGCCUCAGCCAAGCGACCGACUGCAGGACCUACUACCCCUGACCACAGAGCUACUGGGGACACUGCUUGGAGAGGGAUCCCUGGGGUCUGUGCCGGACCACAUCCAGGAGUCCGUGAGCAGCUUUGUGGAGGCAGCAGAGGACCUGGCCCAGGAGCUCCUGGCACUGCCCAGCCUGGUGGAGCUGCGGGCACUGCUGCGGAGACCCCGAGGAGCAGGUGGGCCCCUGGAGGCCGUAUCAGAGGCCCUCUGCAGUGCCCGGGGGCCUAGCAUCCCAGGGGGGCCCUCCCUCAACUGGUACAAGGCCAGCCACCUAAAGGAGUUGGCGGGGCAAGAGCCAGCAGCAACCCUACCUGACGACGGCCUGAGCCCUGCCUGUGCUGAGCUCGUGGGGUCACUGGAAACCCACCCGCUGUCCCGCCUGCUCUGGAGGCGUCUGAAGCCGCUGGUCCUGGGGAAACUGCUGUUUACACCCAACACUGCCUUCACCAGGCAGCUCAUGGCCCAGGUGAACCAGACCUUCCAGGAGCUGGCUCUGUUGAAGGAUAUCCAGGAGGUGUGGGGUGCCCUGGGACCCCAGCUCUUCAACUUCCUGAAUGACAGCACGAAGGUGGUGAUGCUGCAGAGGCUCCUGCAAGCUCAGGACCCAGGAAGGAGGCGGCCGGGAUCCGGAGGCCAGGCCCGGGCCAAGGCCCUGCUCGCCUUUCUGGAUCCCCGUGGGGGCGCCUACAGCUGGCGGGCGGCCCAUGCUGACGUGGACCACCUGGUGGGCAUGCUGGGCGGUGUGAUGGAGUGUGUGACCCUGGACAAGCUGGAGGCAGCACCCUCAGAGGCCGCCCUGGUGGCACGGGCGUUGGAGUUGCUCGCAGAGCGCCGCUUCUGGGCGGGCAUCGUCUUCCUGGGGCCCGAGGAUCCUCUGGACCCUGCGCAGCUCGGAGGCCCAGGCCACGUGCGUGUCAAGAUCCGCAUGGACAUCGAUGCCGUCACGAAAACCAAUAAGAUCAGGGACAGGUUCUGGGACCCCGGCCCGGCCGCUGACCCCUUGACGGACCUGCGCUAUGUGUGGGGUGGCUUCGUGUACCUGCAGGACCUGCUGGAGCGCGCGGCCGUGCGCGUGCUGAGCGGCACCGAGCCCCGGGCCCGCCUCUAUCUGCAGCAGAUGCCCUACCCCUGCUAUGUGGAUGAUGCGUUUCUGCGCGUCCUGAGCCGGUCGCUGCCGCUCUUGCUGACACUGGCCUGGAUCUACUCGGUGGCGCUGACGGUGAAGGCCGUGGUGCGGGAGAAGGAAACGAGGCUGCGCUGCACGAUGCAGGCCAUGGGGCUCGGCAGCGCCGUGCUGUGGCUCGGCUGGUUCCUCAGCUGCCUUGGGCCCUUCCUUCUCAGCUCGGCGCUGCUCGUGCUGGUGCUCAAGCUUGGGGACAUCCUCCCCUAUAGCCACCCGGCUGUGGUCUUCCUGUUCUUGGCGGCUUUCGCCGUGGCCACUGUGGUCCAGAGCUUCCUCCUGAGCACCUUCUUCUCCCGAGCCAACCUGGCAGCCGCCUGUGGAGGCCUCGCCUACUUCGUGCUCUAUCUGCCCUACGUGCUGUGUGUGGCCUGGCGGGACCAGCUGCCUGCCGGCGGCCUCGUGGCUGCGAGCCUCCUGUCUCCUGUGGCCUUUGGGUUCGGCUGCGAGAGCCUGGUGCUGCUGGAGGAGCAGGGCGAAGGCGCACAGUGGCACAACGUGGGCAGUGGGCCUGUGGCGGGCGUCUUCAGCUUGGCCCAGGUCUCCGGCCUUCUGCUGCUUGAUGCCGUGCUCUACGGCCUUGCCACCGGGUACCUGGAGGCGGUCUGCCCAGGCCAGUACGGGAUCCCCAAACCGUGGAACUUUCCCUUUCGGAGGAGCUGUUGGUUUGGACCUCAUUCUCCCAAGGGUUCCUCCCCACCUCCCACCCUGAAGGACCCAGAGGUGCUGAUGGAAGAGGUACCACCGGGCCUGAUUCCAGGGGUCUCCAUACGGGGCCUGGAGAAGCGCUUUCCCGGCACCCCGCAGCUGGCCCUGCGCGGGCUCAGCCUGGACUUCUACCAGGGCCAGAUCACCGCCUUGCUGGGCCACAGCGGAGCCGGCAAAACAACCACUCUGUCCAUACUGAGUGGCCUCUUUCCACCCACCCGGGGCUCCGCCUGCAUCCUGGGCCAUGACGUGCAAUCCAGCAUGGAAGCCAUCCGGCCCCACCUGGGUGUCUGCCCUCAGUACAACGUGCUGUUUGACAUGCUGAGCGUGGAUGAGCACAUCUGGUUCUACGGGCGGCUGAAGGGUCUCAGUGCAGCUGCUGUGCGCCCGGAGCAGGCCCGUCUCCUGCAGGACAUGGGGCUCGUCCCCAAGCGGGGUGCACAGACACGCCACCUCUCCGGUGGGAUGCAGCGGAAGCUUUCAGUAGCCAUCGCCUUUGUGGGUGGCUCCCGGGUCGUCAUCCUAGAUGAGCCCACAGCCGGUGUGGACCCUGCUUCCCGUCGCAGUAUUUGGGAGCUGCUGCUCAAAUACCGGGAAGGGCGCACCCUGAUCCUCUCCACCCACCACCUGGAUGAGGCAGAGCUGCUGGGAGACCGCGUGGCCGUGGUGGCCGGAGGCCGGUUGUGCUGCUGCGGCUCACCGCUCUUCCUGCGCCGCCACCUCGGCUCCGGCUACUACCUGACGCUGGCGGAGGCUGCCCCAUCCCUGGCCGCCGGCAGCAAGGGGAACGCUGGCUUGGAGGACCGCGUGGACGCCGGGCGGAGGGGGGAGCCAGGCAGCCAGGGCGGCACAGCCGGUGCCGCCGAGCUGCUGUCCCUCGUGCAGCGGCUGGUGCCCGGGACGCGGCUGGUGGAGGGGCUGCCGCGCGAGCUGGUGCUGGUGCUGCCCUAUGGGGGUGCCGCGGACGGCAGCUUUGCCAGGCUUUUCUGUGAGCUGGACCAGCGGCUGGGGGAGCUGGGGCUGGCCAGCUACGGGAUCUCCGACACCAGCCUUGAAGAGAUCUUCCUGAAGGUGGUAGAGGAUUGUGCUGUGGACACAGACCCGGAGGAUGCGGCUGCAGAUGGUAGCCACAAGCAGCAGCCGGGCUCAGGCAACGCUCGCCCAAAUGUGACCACACGGCUCAAGAUCCUGCCCGAGGAGUCCGUCCUGGAGAAUGCUCAUUCUGCCCCAGAAACGCAGGCUCUGCGGGGCUCUGGGCCGGACCCCGCGGGCCGGGUGCAGGGCUGGGUGCUGACCUGCCAACAGCUCCGGGCCCUGCUUCUCAAGCGCUUUCUGCUUGCCCGCCGUAGCCGCCGUGGCCUCUUUGCGCAGAUCGUGCUGCCUGCCCUCUUCGUGGGCCUGGCGCUGGUGUUCAGUCUCAUCGUGCCUCCUUUCGGAUACUACCCGGCUCUGCGGCUCAGUCCCAGCAUGUACGGUGCUCAGGUGUCAUUCUUUAGUGAGGACGCCCCAGGAAACUCAGAGCGUGCCCGCCUGCUGGAGAUGCUGCUGGAGGAGGCAGGACUGGAGGCCUACCCGCAGACUAGCUCCACCAGGACGCCUGAGUGUACACCGCCCGCCGUCUGCCGGUUUUGGGUGCCCGAGGUGCCCGCAGGUGUCACUGAGGCCUUGGCCAGCGGCAACUGGACUCCGGAGUCCCCGUCCCCGGCCUGCUGGUGCAGCCAACCUGGUGCCCGGCGCCUGCUGCCGGACUGCCCCGCUGCGGCUGGCGGCCCCCCGCCGCCCCAGGCGCUGGCCGGCUCUGGGGAAGUGGUGCAGAACCUAACGGGCCGGAACCUGUCCGACUUCCUGGUGAAGACCUACCCGCGCCUGGUCCAGCAGGGCCUGAAGACCAAGAAGUGGGUGAACGAGGUCAGGUAUGGGGGCUUCUCCUUGGGGGGCCGAGACCCCGGCCUGCCCUCAGGGCAGGAGGUGGGCCGCUCGGUGGAGGAGCUGCGGGUGCUUCUGAGCCCCCCGCCCGGCGGGGCCCUCGACCGCAUCCUGAACAACCUCACAGCAUGGGCUCACAGCCUAGACGCGGAGGACAGCCUCAAGAUCUGGUUCAACAACAAGGGCUGGCACGCCAUGGUGGCCUUUGUCAACAGAGCCAACAACGCACUCCUCCGCGCCCGGCUGCCCCCAGGCCCUGCCCACCGUGCCCACAGCAUCACCACGCUCAACCACCCCCUGAACCUCACCAAGGAGCAGCUGUCUGAGGCCGCACUGAUGGCCUCCUCGGUGGAUGUGCUUGUCUCCAUCUGUGUGGUCUUUGCCAUGUCCUUCGUCCCAGCCAGCUUCACCCUUGUUCUCAUCGAGGAGCGCGUCACCCGGACCAAACACCUGCAGUUUAUGGGGGGCCUGCCUCCCACUCUUUACUGGCUCGGCCACUUUCUCUGGGACAUGUGUAACUACUUGGUGUCAGCAUGCAUCGUGGUGCUCAUCUUCCUGGCCUUCCAGCAGAGGGCGUACGUGGCCCCUGCCAACCUGCCUGCCCUCCUGCUGCUCCUUCUACUCUAUGGCUGGUCGAUCACGCCGCUCAUGUACCCAGCCUCCUUCUUCUUCUCCGUGCCCAGCACGGCCUACGUGGUGCUCACCUGCAUCAACCUCUUUAUCGGCAUCAAUGGCAGCAUGGCCACCUUCGUGCUCGAGCUCUUCUCUGAUCAGAAGCUGCAGGAAGUGAGCCGGAUCCUGAAGCAGAUCUUCCUUAUCUUCCCCCACUUCUGCCUGGGCCGGGGGCUCAUCGACAUGGUGCGGAACCAGGCCAUGGCUGACGCCUUUGAGCGCUUGGGAGAUGGGCAGUUCCAGUCACCCCUGCGCUGGGAGGUGGUUGGCAAGAACCUCUUGGCCAUGGUGGUACAGGGGCCGCUCUUCUUCCUCUUCACGCUGCUGCUGCAGCUCUGGAGCCGCCUCCUGCCGCAACCCCAGCUGAGGUUGCUGCACCCCUUGGGGGAGGAGGAUGAGGAUGUGGCCCGGGAGCGGGAACGGGUGGUCCAAGGGGCCACCCAGGGGGACGUGUUGGUGCUGAGAGACCUGACCAAGGUGUACUACGGGCAGAGGACACCAGCUGUCGACCGCCUGUGCCUGGGGAUCCCCCCCGGUGAGUGUUUCGGGCUGCUGGGAGUGAACGGAGCAGGGAAAACGUCCACAUUUCGCAUGGUGACGGGGGACAUGCUGCCCAGCGGUGGUGAGGCUGUGCUGGCCGGCCACAGCGUGGCCCAGGAACCGUCCGCUGCGCACUGCCACAUGGGCUACUGCCCGCAGUCGGACGCGAUCUUCGGGCUGCUGACCGGCCGCGAGCACCUGGAGCUGUUCGCGCGGCUGCGCGGUGUUCCCGAGGCUCAGGUUGCCCAGACAGCGAGCUUGGGCCUGGCGCGCCUGGGGCUCCCGCAGUACGCGGACCGACCUGCGGGUACCUACAGUGGAGGCAACAAGAGGAAGCUGGCGACAGCGGUGGCGCUGGUGGGGGACCCGGCUGUGGUCUUUUUGGACGAGCCGACCACUGGCAUGGACCCCAGCUCCCGGCGCUUUCUCUGGAACAGCCUCCUGGCCGUCGUGCGGGAGGGCCGCUCCGUGGUGCUUACGUCACACAGCAUGGAGGAGUGUGAGGCCCUCUGCACGCGCCUGGCCAUCAUGGUGAACGGGCGGUUCCGCUGUCUGGGCAGCCCGCAGCACCUCAAGAGCAGAUUUGGAGCCGGCCACACGCUGACCUUGCGGGUGCCCGCCGCGCGGUCCGAGUUGGCGCUGGCCUUCGUGGGGGCGGCGUUCCCGGGGGCCGAGCUGCGCGAGGCGCACGGCAGCCGCCUGCGCUUCCAGCUGCCGCCGGGAGGGCGCUGCGCCCUGUCCCGCGUCUUUGGAGAGCUGGCGGCGCACGGGGCGGAGCACGGCGUGGAGGACUUCUCCGUGAGCCAGACCACGUUAGAGGAGGUAUUCUUGUACUUCUCCAAGGACCAGGGGAAGGAGAUGGACGACGAGCAGGAGGCCGGAGUCGGGGCAGGCCCUGCGCCACGCCCACAGCACCCCAAACUCAUCACCGGGGUCCUGGAGGACCCCAGCAUGGCCGAGACGGUCCUCUGAGCCGCCCUCAUCGGAGGGGUCGGUGGGAGAUGCUGGGAGGGCAGGGGGGCAGGGCCGGGACCCAGGCUCUCCGAGGAUCCGUUGCCCUGGAGGAAAUAAUAAAGAGAACUCGUGGCGUGAAA